GCGGUAUUGGUUGAGCGUCGGUUUUUGAAAUAAAUAACUGUGUGCUUCCUUUUACUGGCGUGGACUCCAAUUCGACAUCGAAGCCUUGUUUCAAUUUUUCACUGCACUCCUGCGAACACGACUUGUCUCAUCACACCCCCGUUAUUAACCCAGAACACGAGUACCUUUCUAUGGCGGCAAAGCGAAAGCAAGAGGGCAAUGGCUCGGGCAAUACUAGUACUGCAUUGCGUGAAAAAGGCUCUCGGGCCCCGAAGAUACCACUGAUCGUCAUAGAUGAAAGCGACGAACUCCCAGAUAAUCAGGGGGGUCCCGUGAAAAGAGCGCGAAAUGGUCAAAAGCGUGCGAAUAAUACCGAAGAGGGCGAAGAUAAUGUCGAUUUCCUAGGUGGUCGGUACGGAAGCGCUCUUUGGAGAUGUUCCCACCUGCAUUGAUUUACUCACAGUUCGGCAAUAGCACAUCUAAGAUUUCGGUCACAGUUGAACAGAACUUGAUAGACCUAAACAAUAAUUCCAAGGAGUUCGUCCGGGAAUUCAAGGCGAAGGCCGAGAAGGAAAGAGACAAUGUCCUUACCGCGUUGGCACAAUACAAGCAAGAUCUACACGGAUCUCAUGAUGUUCACUAUGAUGAGUUGGCCGGCGUGUACCGCAGUCUAAAGACGGCGGCCGGAAACUCCAAUAUGAAAGAUAAUCCGCUAUUCCAGCAGACGAAGCAGAUUAUUCAUCUCAGCCGUGCCAUCCUGAAGCUCUACCAGAUUGCAGAUAAAGAGUCACAGCAACCCAAGCUGACUGUUCCUCGAGAAGCAUGGAGGCAAGACCAGAAGAAGAUGGACCGGCUACUCUAUUACGGGAAGCAGCACGGAGAGAGGCUCGCAGAGAAUAUCAUCAGUCCCGCAGAAGAGCAUUCCAACGGCCGCAUCCCAGCGCAGGCCGACAUGUCAGAGACCGAGGAUAUCGCAAUGAGCCUCUUCGACAAUACUACGAAGGAGGCCGGGGAAGGGACAUGGGGCCGAACAGCUCACGCUCAGCUGAAGGCUCUCAUGAGCGUAGUGAGAACGCUGCCCCUUUCUCGAGACACCGACUCUCAAAGCCAGCAGAGCUGAAGACAAGCGGCUCGCUUGUUGGGCCAGGUAUGGAAGAGGCUUUUCAUCUGUUACUUGUUACAGCAGAUGUCUGGAUUGCCGCUUUGCAUUUAUUCUAGUAUGAGGAAGAAAAAAGGCGCCAUGUGCGAGAAGUCAUGAACAAGAAAGAUACAACUUGCUUCUGUUUAAUUCAUAGGCUGCAUUUGUCAGAUAGACUAAGGAGCUCCGCUUCCUAGAGGUUGGUUGCCAUGACGAGAAAAAUCACUGCGAGUUAGGUCCAAGUCCGUUGUAGUGAUAGUCUGCCACGGGUUGUAAUCGCGUGAUCGUGCUGGGACAAGUCUAGGUCAGUAUGGAAUGCAAGCUCCGGCUGAAAGCC